AACUGGUUGGAAAUCUUUCAAAAUGAAUGGAAUAACAAACUGCCGGAUGCGGACAGAAAGCGAACAGUCCUGUGGCUCUCCAGUUGUUAGUGGUGAUCCAAAGGAGGAUCACAACUACAGCAGUGCCAAAUCUUCCAACCACAGGAGCACAUCACCUGCUAGUGACUCCGUUUCCUCUUCCUCUGCUGACGACCAGUAUGAAUUUGCAACUAAAGGUAGCCAAGACAGCAGUGAAGGAAGUGAAGUUAGCUUCCAGAGCCACGAGAGCCAUAGUGAAACAGAAGAGGAGGACAAAAAGCAAAAUCAGAAGGAGACCAAGGAUUCUUUAGCUGACAGUGGGUAUGCAUCCCAGCACAAGAAAAGGCAACAUUUAAUGAAGGCAAAAAAAGUACCAAGUGACACACUGCCUCUUAAAAAGAGACGUACAGAAAAGCCCCCUGAGAGUGACGACGAGGAGAUGAAAGAAGCAGCAGGAUCACUCCUGCAUUUAGCAGGAAUUCGAUCCUGUUUGAACAACAUCACCAAUCGGACGGCAAAGGGGCAGAAAGAGCAAAAGGAAACCACAAAAAAUUAG